AGCACUUUAUUGGCCUGUGAAUGAAACAUGUUGGGCGGUUUUUUCAACUUCAUUAAGUUUUCUUUCUUUUUUUUUUUUUUUAAUGAUCUGAAACCUGUUCAAUUUCGCCGGAUAAGUAAACACUGCACUAGAUACCUGUCCAACUUCACCGGAUAGGUUGAUUUAACGGGUGGUUACUAUGACGCUGGUGACAAUGUUAAAUUUAACCUUCCGAUGUCCUUCUCGAUAACAAUGCUAGCAUGGAGUGUAAUAGAGUUUGGCGACUCAAUGGGAUCAGACCAGCAACAUGCAUUAGAAGCCAUUCGAUGGGGAACCGAUUACUUAAUGAAAGCCACCAGCAUUCCCAACUUUAUUUACGUUCAAGUUGGUGAACCUUACAAUGAUCACAACUGCUGGGAGAGGCCAGAAGACAUGGACACCGCUCGAACCCCUUAUGCAAUUAGUAAAGAUUUUCCAGGCUCAGAAGUUGCUGCUGAGAUAGCAGCUGCACUUGCAUCCUCUUCCAUAGUCUUUAAACGCUCUAAUUGUACUUAUUCUCAGGAGCUUAUCAGAAGGGCGGAAAUGGUUUUCUCUUUCGCAGAUAAGUACCGGGGAUUUUACAAUGAUACUCUUUACUCCUGGGUCUGCCCCUUCUAUUGUGAUUACAGUGGCUAUCAAGAUGAACUGAUUUGGGGAGCGGCAUGGUUAUAUAAGGCAACUUCGAAAGCUGAUUAUUGGGACUAUGUUGUGAAGAACGCAAGCACUCUGGGAAACUAUAACUACAACGAAUUUGGCUGGGAUAACAAGAAUGCUGGCAUUAACGUGCUUGUUACCAGACUCAAUACCUGUAAUUCUGAUCUCUUCAUUGAAAAAGCUAACAAGUUUGCAUGUAAUCUCUUGCCUGAAUCACCUACAAGGGCAGUCAAUUAUUCAGCAGGUGGACUCAUGUUCAAGGAAGGAGGAAGCAAUAUGCAACAUGUUACAGCUUUAUCCUUUCUUGCUCUUGUUUACAGUCGAUAUUUAGAAGAAACAGACAGUGUGGUUGCUUGUGAUGGUGGGGUUAUGGCCGACAUGAAUAGGUUCAUAAAACUAGCAAAAGGACAGGUGGAUUAUAUACUUGGAAGCAACCCAAUGGGCUUGUCAUACAUGGUUGGAUAUUCGGGUCAUUAUCCGCAAAAAAUUCAUCAUCGGGCUUCAACUUUACCUUCCAUUGAUCAACAUCCAUGUUUUAUCGAUUGUAAUGGUGGAAAAUUAUACUUCAACAGCAGCAAUCCUAAUGCCAACGUGCUAACCGGGGCCGUUGUUGGAGGACCCUUUAAGAAUGAUACAUAUCCUGAUGAACGAGUUAAUUUUGCUCAAUCAGAGCCCACCACAUACAUUAAUGCACCAUUGGUUGGCGUUUUGGCUUUCUUUAAAGCACAUUCAUCCAAUUACAGCAGAAGCUUUAGCAAUUGAUUUUCGCUCCAUUGGAUUUGUAAAGUUUAGUUUUUAUUUUAGUUAGACCGUAUGAAUAAAUAAAUCUACUUAGUUAA